GAAACCAAUCUCUCCUCUCAUCCCCAAUUUGCAGUGAAAAUGGCGCAAGCGUUAGCUACACCAGUACUGCCUUCUCUCUCUCUCAUCUCCAACCCUAUCUCUAACUCCUCCAAAUUCUCGCUCUCCUUUCCGCUACCCACCGCUUUCCCCAAGAUCGGUGGAUUGAGUAUCAAAUGCGCUCGUGUUGGUGGAGUCGAGAUUCCGAACAACAAGAGAGUGGAGUACUCGUUGCAGUACAUUCAUGGAAUCGGGCGCACUAGCGCCAGGCAGAUUCUCAACGACCUCAGUUUCGAGAACAAAUUGACAAAAGAUUUCUCUGAAGAGGAGCUCACCAUUUUGCGUGAGGAGGUCUCCAAGUAUAUGAUUGAAGGAGAUCUUAGGAGGUUCAAUGCGCUUGCAAUUAGAAGGCUAAAGGAGAUACAGUGCUACCGAGGCGUGAGGCACAUUCAGGGAUUGCCGUGUAGGGGGCAGAGGACCAAGAACAACUGCAGAACUUUGAAGGGCAAAAGGGUGGCCAUUCCUGGGAAAAAGAAGAAGUAAACUCUCUCUAAUUUGUUGUGAUUUUGUAGUGUGAGACUGUCUCAAGGCUCAAUCCUCUUUUGUAAUCAAAGGUAACUACUUCAAGCCUCCAAUUCAAUUCAUAUCAAAUCAUUUUAUCUGUUUGAAUUUGCA